AUGGCCUCCCCUCUGAGAUCGGGCUGGAAUGCCCUGCUCAUCCUGGCCCUCCUUCUCGUCCUCCUUCCCCAGGCCCAUGCAUUCGGCGCCGGCAAUAUCGCCUCCAUCUCCGCCGUCGAGGGCAAAAACUGGCGCCAUGGCGACAUCGAAGACAUGCUCAAGACGAUCGCAUUUAUCAAAGGCCACAAGUGGACCUCUAACAUGGUCAAACGCGUCUACUUUGGAAACUGGCUGCGUGAUUACUCCCAGGCAAUGGAUGUCGGAACCCUCAAGAGUCUCCCCGCCGAUACCAUCCGCGUUCUGGUCUGGAUCCUCUCCUUCAUGACAUUUGGUUACGCCACCGCCGAGUUUGAGGUCACCGCCGAGCGCCUGGGUGUUUACCGUCCCGAGGAGCAUAUCGACAACCCGAAAGACUACGCCGAUAACCAAGAUGCCCGCCAGUACGACCAGCGCCUCCGCCCCCCUAUCCGCCAGGUCGAACUCGAUAUCGACCCCCACACCGGCAUGAAGAACUACAUCGCCAACGAGCGCGGCGACUGGGCCACCAGCGCCGGAUACGUCAAAUACAGCUUGGCCCGCAGCAUCCACUACGGCCGUAUGUACACCCACGGCGGACACCGCAAGGGCAACGAGGAGGACCUCUGCGAGGCGCUGCGCUGUCUCGGGCAGGGUCUACACACGCUGGAGGAUUUCGCCGCCCACACCAACUACUGCGAGCUCGCCCUGCGCGAAAUGGGCUUCCACAAUGUCUUCCCGCACACCGGCUCCGCCACCCAGAUCAACCUGCACGGUCGCCAGGUCUUCCCGCUCGUCACCGGCACCUUUGGCAUGGUGGAUUUCUUCCACUCCAUGCUCGGCGAGGCCACGGAUCACUUUACCCAGUCCGAGGUCAACGAGAUGGACACGGCGCUGGGCAACGCCCAGUCCAGCUCGUCCAGCGGCUCCGGCAACGCGCUGAUCUCACUGCUCGGCAAGAUCCCCGGCACCAAGGAUCUGGUCGCUCAGGCCGAGGAGCUGAAGCGUCGGUCGGAGGCGCAGCAGGCCGCGAACCAGCACUCCGGAACCCACUCCGGGUACGCCACGGAGGUCUCUCGUGCCUUCGGUGACAGCGACAGCACCCCGCACCGGGCGUCGACGCCGCAGUCGCAGUCGCAGCCCGCGCAACCAGCCACCAGCAGCUUCGACCCGCAAAAGACCAUCGCGCAGAUCUACCCCAUCCUCGAGUUCCGCGAUCGGGUUGUGCGCAAGCUGUCGUCCGUCAUUGAGAAGAUUCCCGGGCUGGAGGCGCUCGUCGAGAAGAUCACCGAGUCGCUGACCGUCUUCGUCAUGUCGCUGCUGGCGCCGUUUGUUCGCCCGCUGAUCAACGCGGCCUCCAAGUCGCUGCAGAGCGGCUCCGCCAGCGUCAUCGACGCCUCCGGCAAGCACCAGUUCGAGCCCUGGACUGACCCCCACUGCACCGAUCCCACCCACUCGCUGCUGUCCAAGGACCACUUCUCCAACAUCCUCAACGAGCCCGCUGGCCACGUCGCCUCCGCCAUCCUCAAGUACGUCACGCCCCGCGUCCUGCACGCCUGGCAGAACGUCGACAUCCCCGAGCAGCAGGUCCUGGACGACUGUUUGCACGUGUUCCAUCACCCCGCUGUGCGGGACAUGCACAAUGAGGCGCACCGGACGAUGUACGAGGCUGUUCAAGGCUGGGUCCACUCGCGGAGCGACCGCGGUGCCGGCCUCAACGACAUCCUCAGCGCUGAGGGAGUGAAGGCUGGGAAGAACAACGGCGGCCAGGUGGGACACAGCCACGCGCAGGGACAGGGUCAUGGCCAUGGAGGAGCGGGAUACAGCCAGACGCAGGCUCAUGGAUAUGGCGCACCGCCGGCACAACACCACUACCAGCAGCCGCAGCAGUCGCAGCAGUCGCAGAGCUCAUCUUCGCUUCCAUGGGAGCAGCUGUCCAGUCUGCCCAUCCCGGGGAUUGGGAAACUGGACAAACUGAGUAGCACGCUGUCGAGUUUGGGGCUGGGCGGUUCAUCGAGGGACGAGUCCUCGCAGGGUGCACCCCAGACGCAGCACCAAUACCCGACCUCGUCGCAGCCUCAUUAUCCGUCGCAUCACCAGGAUCAGCAGCAUUCCGGCGGGUAUAGUCACGGCGGUAGUCAUGGUCAUGGGGGACAUAGUUCGGAUUACUAUGGACAAGAGGGAGGAUAUGGGCAUCAUCAGGGUCAUGGACAACAUGGACAGCACCAUGGAGGGCACCAUGGAGGCCAUGGAGGCCAUGGUAGUCACCAGUAUGGGCAGGGGUAUGGAGGUGGAUACGGGGGAUACGGUUAUUAG